CCCACGGAAACCGAGCGCUGCAUCGAGUCCCUGCUGGCCGUCUUCCAGCGGUACGCGGGGCGCGAAGGCGACAGCUGCACCCUCUCCAAGAGGGAGUUCCUGGCUUUCAUGAACACCGAGCUGGCUGCCUUCACGAAGAAUCAGAAGGACCCAGCCGUGGUGGACAGGAUGAUGAAGAAACUCGAUUUGAAUAGCGACGGGCAGCUGGACUUCCAGGAGUUCCUGAACCUCAUUGGGGGCAUCGCGGUGGCCUGUCACAACACCCUGGUUGUGACCACCCCUUCCUCCUAA